AUGUUAAAACUAAGACUAACUAUGAAAGAGAUUGCACACCUAAUUCAGUACCUAAAAGGCAACCAUAAUAAGCCUUCAGAUAUAUCUGCUCUUCAAUGGAGUCAAUUGCAAGAGAAAGCAUGCACUUUUUUGACCCACAAUAGCAAGUUAUACUACGUAGGUUGUGAAGAGGACACAAAACCACUAGAAGUAAUUGGCUGCGAUGAUAGUGCGAGGCUAGAAAGUAUCUUCCAAAUUGUGCAUAGCAAGGACGGUCAUGUAGGGCCGGGAAUGCUCUAUCAAAAGCUUCAGUGUAAUUAUGUGGGGUUCAGUCGCAAAGCCGUUCAAGAGAUAGCUGACGAAUGUCCCAUAUGCACAACAGACAAGCAGAUGCCGCCUGCUGAUUGUAAGUAUUCAAUGAAGCAUUUAUUGAUUGAAUUUAUUGAUAUGCGCCAAUACGCAGACGUAAAUG